GAAGUAAGUUGAGCAUUUAUGCUUUUGAGUUUACGUACCGGUACAGAAAACAGAAACAUGUUCUGUUGACCUGUACUGUCGAUACUGGUGUCACCAUAUGCGCCCACCGCAAGGUCUCCUUACGUUCUUUCAUAUGUUGUUGAUGUUUGGAGUACAAACUCUCCUGUCGCUGUGUAUUACAGGCCUGCAGUGUAACCUGAUCGCUCUCUAGCCGUGGAUAAAUGUUUUCGAUUUUUUGUGUGGCCUGGCGCUCGCAUGUUCAUAGCUUUGAGGGUCUGGCUUCCUCACAAGGACCAGGAGUUGAUAAAUAACAAGGAGCUAAAUGGGAGUAAUGCUGAUUUAAGUUUAACGUAGGUUACUGCAGGACAAUGAAACUGUAUCAUAUUUGAAGGUUAUAGGCACAUUGGGAUUACCGGUACCAUCCCAGAAAAAAUUCCUACCUAAACGCUUUGUUUUUCAUUAUCCAUGCUAAAAUAAUAUUCAAGGCCUGGGUUUAUUUCGGUUUAUAUUUACCUCCAGUGCUCUAUUUAUUUAUUCAUUUGGUUGGUGUUUUAUGCCUAAGUCCUUACUGAAGAAUAUUUCACCUAUAUGACGGCGGCCAGCAUAAUGGUGGGAGAAAACCGGGCUGAGCGGAAAUCCACGACCAUCCGUCCAGUACUCUAGUAAGAGUUGAGUUUAAUGCAUGAAACAAUGAGUCCUGGAAGGUAGGCAGAAUUUGGAGGUUUCAUGAACUGAUGUUGGUUUUUCCCUGUGGCAGUCUUACGUGUGGUGUGUCACAGUGAAGAUAAGGAUGAAGACAACAAAGGAACUAGCCAGGUACCGUAUAUCUGACACAAACUUAUCACAGAUCAGUGCGUUGCCUGACUUAGCUCACCACGUGCCUCCGGGCUCCCUCCUGCCACCACCUAGUCUUCAGCUUCUUAUAAUAUGCGUAUUUGUACUUCAUACUCAGGAAAGUUUUCCAUUAAAUUGAAAAGGUCUGCACUUUACGCUGGGCACUCCAGUUUUCCCCACUCAAAAAACUGGGGGCCAUCACGAACUGUAUGUAAGAGAAAAGUCUUGAGUAUGGCAUUCAACAACAACAAUCCCUGACCGUCUUGUAGAAUGAAACAUGCUGCGUUUGCUAUCGGAAUGUGAAAAUCCUGGAUGUCUCCGGAACAGACAGAUUUGUAGACAAAUAGCCUGAAGCAAAUAUACAGUGUAUUUACCACUCACUUCAGAGCUCAUCUUUCCUUGAUGUCUGUAUGUCACUUGUAAACAUUCCCUGUUUCAUAUAUGUGUCUGUAAUACGAAUAGAUAAAGGACUUGACCAGCCUUUUUUUUUUGUUUGUUACAGAGAAAUGGGGCUGUUGCGCCGACGAUCAAAAGCUGAGGGUCCUGCGGUGAGAGGCUGUGUUGGUAACAGACAGCUUUUUCAAUACUUGGUUGUGAUAGAUUUUGAAUCAACUUGCUGGAAGGAUCAAAAAUUCCGCACUCAGGAAAUUAUUGAAUUCCCGGCUGUGUUACUGAACACUUCUUCUGGAAUUUGCGAGUCAGAAUUCCACUUCUACGUACAGCCUUGUGAACAACCUGUGCUGAGUGACUUCUGUAAGCAGCUGACUGGCAUUACCCAGGCCCAGGUUGAGGAUGGUAUUCCUCUGUCUUUGUGUAUGAAGAAGUUUGGGCAUUGGAUAGAGAAACUGAACCGAGAGAAGAAUGUGUUGUUUAACCCUGGGACACCUCAUCCUGUGAAGGGGACAUUUGUUACCUGGUCAGACUGGGAUCUCAGCGUAUGUUUACAGUAUGAGUGUAAGAGGAAGCAGAUAAUGAAACCUGCCUAUCUGAACAGCUGGAUUGACCUGAGAGCCACAUACAGGAAUUUCUACAGCCGUAAACCAAAUGGAUUGAAUGGAGCCCUGCAGGACUUGGGGAUUGAGUUUUCAGGAAGGCAGCACUCAGGUGUAGACGAUGCUCGAAACACAGCACACCUUGCCUGGCGCAUGAUGCGUGAUGGCUGCAUCCUGAAUGUCACUAAAACUAUAAAGGAGCUGGGCAGAGGGUCCAGUGUGGGGUUGUCAGUGAGCGCACAGGAAAAGAGUCCAGGCAGAACCAGUGACUUGCAGCCAGCUGACGACAUGCAGGAUACCUCAGUACUGCAGCUGUUCAAAAGGCCAUUACCCCCAGUUACCUCCUGUCUAACCUCCCCAUCUCUCAGAUCCCCAGUACGAAAACAGCCCAGAGUCAUACCAAACUCUUUGUCAAAAUCUUCGACAGACUCCGACAUCGGAGCUACAUCAGUCAAAUGUGAUAGACGUGCAGAAAUUGGCAGGUUCACGGUAUCAACACUAUCUUCAGAAGAGUCCAGAAUAUCUGAAAGUACAGUCUUCAAAAAACCCAAAUCUCCUGUAUCCAGCAAACCCGUUAACAUGCCAUUCACUAAGACAACUAGUACAGUGUUACACAGGCCCGAUAAUACGGUAUUCACUAAACCAGCAAGUGCCAUGUCAAGUAGAUCCGGGAAUGCGGUAUUCACUAAACAAGCAAGUACUGUGUCAAGCUCUGUGCCUAGGUGUUCAGAAAAUGCAGCAUUCUCUAAACCAGCAAACGCUGUGUCAAGUAGAUCAGUUAAUGCAGUUUUCACUAAACCAGCAAGCACUGUGCUGAGUAGAUCAGAGAAUGCAGUAUUCAAAAAACCAGCAUGUUCCAUGUCAAAUAGAUCAGGGGAAACAGUAUUCGCUAAACCAGCAUGUGCUGUAUCAAGUAGAUCAGGAAACAAAAUAUUCACAAAUAAAGCACCAGUUUCAAAUACAUCUGGUAGCGACAAUGUACUCCUCAACAGGAUAACAAAACAAUACUCUGAACCAAGGUCAGUAGCGGAUUUGAAAUCCAAGAACAUGUUGUUGAAUGCAAAAUUGGUAAAUACUCCUGGAUGUAAGACUUCAGGCUCUACAUCCUGCCUAGAGCUUGACAAGGAAAAUCAGGUACCAAGCCUUAAACAACCAAGCCCAUCUUGUGUCAACUCGACUUCUGUUAACAGAAACAGGACUCCAAGUCCUCUGUACAAGGCUCAUCAGAUGGGUAUGGUCACCCCAGUGGCUGCCACAAGGCCUCUGGGCGAGUCACUCAAAUGCUGGAGCUCUGCUAGCAUCACCCCACCGCUGUGCCUCUGUGGGAAGCGGUCCAAGCGGCGCCUUGUCCAGUCACCAGGACCAAACCAAGGACGAUGUUUUUACAGCUGUCCUUCCGGCAGAAGGCCAGAUUUGGUACAGAGUAAAAAGUCUGCAGGCUGUCAGUUCUUUAAGUGGGAAACUAUAUUAUCCAAAGGUCAGACAAAGUUUGCUCCUGCACCAUCCAGAAAUGCCAUGUCCACUGGGUUGUUGAGGCGACACACCAGUAUAGUACAACCUGACAAUCGCCUGACUGCAUCAUGUAACAAACACCUGAGGAAAUCCAAUCUGCCAGCCAGACCGUCGCUGCAUAUGAGGUGAUGAAGAAUGGGACUUGCUAGAACUCUCAAAAACAGCAACAACUGUCUUUUUAUUGCUUGUUUUGGAAUGUACGCAAUGCUGACACAAACCCCCAAACAAAUAGUUAUAAAAUUUUUUGAUAAGAAUUAUACAAUGUUAUAUUCUGCACAUGGGAUAUGAUAAACAAUGGAAAGAACAUUAUCUGUGUCAGGUUAGCGAAAGACCAAUAAUGACUGUACUGCUCCAUGUGUAUGGGGGCUUCUAUAAACCUGAUUCAUUUCAGUCUGUGUAACAGUACAUAAAUAAUAUUUUAUUA